AUGACGUUCAUGUUAACUGGUAUGAUGACAAUGUUCUCCGAAUUCAUCAAUAUCGAGCUUGAUAAGGAAGGAGAUGGAAAAGUUUUAAAGAAGGGAAAAGAAAGGAACAAGACUGGGAUAAGAAAUAAACAUCAUAAUUAUUCCACAUCAGCAACAAGAGGAGUGAAAAGCAUGAGAAAUAUGUUUGCUUUCCGGCUUAAGAACUAUGAUAAAACAUACUAG